AUGCUCGACUUGACACCUGACCAAUGGCUUCAACUUCUCCAAGAAGCCUGGCAACACGUAGUGAACAGCUUCAAUAUGACGGAGGUUGUUCAGUCACUAAAGACAAACAUAUCUGCCGUUGUUGCAGACACCGAUGUUGUUAUUCUGAUCGGUGUAUUUCUAGUGCUGUAUAUUGCGUUUUCUGUCGCUCGUUACAUCCUCGGGACAGUAAUGAAGCUUGCAAGAUUUGCGUUAUUUCUGGGAUUAAUUGUUGGAAUAUACUGGAUAUAUCUCAGCAUCGAUCCGGCGAAGGGCAACGAAGAACUGAGAACAACGACGAAGAAAGUGGUACAACAAGUGAAAGGGGUAAUGCGUGAUGUUGUCGACGAAUUAUGA